AUUGCGUCAACACAAUGCUGACGCAGCACCAUCGGACGCGACAGUUCUUGGCCGCCAAGCCGCCUUGGUAUGGAACCCAGUUAGUCGUCCUCCAUACUUCACUAGCUUGAAACACCACCACCGGAUCAAAUACAGCAAGUUCUCUCUGUUUGUAUAUAAGAUGCUUCUGCACGUGCGGAGUAUCGAAGCACAGCGACGAUGCAUGCGGCGUACAAGCACCUUCCAGCUCCAGUGGCAUCUUUACAACACCGGCGGACAUCAUCAACCACGAUGAUGUCCCGCUUCAGCCGGGUGUUCUUUCUUUUUGUCCUGCUCACCACAUGUUUUCUCGUUUUCCUUCAAUUAAUCAAGACUUACAACGGCCUGCAUAACAUCUCCAUCGACAAGCUGAGACACUACACUCCUUCCACCACAAGCCUCACCUACCACAAGCCAUGGACAUCGCUCCUUCAACACCUUCCCGGCUCUGCCAGCACGCAACCACGAAUAGGGACCGUCACAGUUGCCCAUGGUCCCUCUCUCAAAGCAUACAACCUCGCCCUCCAAACCCACCUCAACUACAACAACCUCCACUCCUACCCAACCCACCUCCUCAGUCAACCUAUCCUCCCCGGCCUUUGGACCAAAGAGUCCUACCUCCUCGAAAUCCUCCUCCACGAACUCGCCAAACCAGACCGUUCAACCCGCCUCUCAUGGCUCGUCUGGUUCGACGCCGACACAAUAAUAAUGAACAACCGCAUACCCCUCGAGACAUUCCUCCCACCAGACGACCAAGAACCAAAAGGUUUCGCCCACGAAAUCCAGAUGCUCUACACUCGCGACUGGAACGGUCUCAACAACGGAGUAUUCUUUCUACGAGUUAGUCAAUGGAGCGUGGAAUUCCUCUCCGCAGUCCUCGCAUUUCGGACGUUCAAGCCAGAUGCGGAGUUGAGGUUUACGGAACAAAGCGCUAUGGAGAAUGUGAUGAGAAUGAAGAAAUUUGAAAAGGGUGUUGUGGAGGUUCCGCCAAUGUGGUUUAAUUCUUAUGAGCCGGAUGAGGGAAAGAAGGAGAAAGGGGAGGAGGAUGGGUUUGGGUAUAGAAGGGGACAGUUGUUAGUGCAUUUUGCGGGAGUGGGUGAUAAGGAGAAGGAGAUUGGGAAGUGGCUGGGAGCGCUGGAGAGGAGUAAGGAGGAGUUUGAGGUAGAAGUGGGAGAGACGAAUUUAGGGAAACAAGUUGAAGAGUUUUGGAGGGGGGUUGAGGAGGAGUGGUUGCAGAAUGGAGGGGGAGGCAAGCAGAAGGAGGGAAAUGAUGGUGGGAAGAAGGAGGAGACAGACAAAAUUGUCGAUGACGGACGGAGACCGAAGUUGACUAACAGCAAGGGAAAGACAAAAGAUGUUGGGCAAGAUUCGAGGAGAGAGCUCUGGGAUGGGCUGGUAUUAUGACAGUCGAGGGAGAUAGCCACUCCACUUCAUUGAGUAUUGACCAAGCACAUAUUUCUAUGCCGCAUAGCAUGACACACUUGACAAGAAUACAAAAUCAGAGCCCAU